AACUUGUUCUGUUCACUCUGAAUCGUCGAGGCGUGCGGUACUGAAAGCCGGACAAUAUAACACGAAUUAAGGCAAUUCCUAUAACCGGUUCGGAACGUAGCGACCCACAACAGCGGCGCGCGUACGCUAAACAACAAUAACAACAACAGCAACAUAAAUAAAUAAAUCGAAAAGUAAAUAACAACAACAACUGCGAUUAGCUUUAUAUUUCAAGCCAUUCAAGUGCUUCGGUUUCAGUGUAUCUGUGUGUGAGUGUGCUUAAAUAAAUACCCUGUAAAUCCUCUCAAAUCAUUGGUGAUCCAUAGCGAUCUCAGUGGCAGUGCGUGUGUCUGUGUGCCGAAAUUCGCGUUAAUUGAGCUGUAAGUGCUGAUUUGUUGUACAAAUUUGCAUCGCUUGCAACGAGCCAAGUUGCAAAGCUGCAAAGCUGCAAGGCUGGCUGGUUGGCAAACGUUGAAAGGCCGCAUAAACAAAUCUGGCUGCGCGUCUUGGUUCACUGAUUUAAUGCCACAAACAGAUUGCAGAUUGUAGCUGUAACCACCGUCGCCGACGCAGCUGCCCCGCCCCCCUUCUCUAUAUAUCUCUCUCUCCCUCUCUCGUUGGUCUGCUCCCCAAGCCCCACAGCAGGCGCGCCCCUUCUAUCCUGCUUGCAACAUUGCAACCUGCUUGGAAGCUUGUUUCUGCGGAAGAGCCGCAGCCACCGAGCCAGAGCGCCAGGUGAGGAGCGACUCGCAGAGUCAGAUCCGGCAAAAAAAAAAAAAAAAAAUAAAAAAAAAAAAAAAAAAAAAAAAAAAAAAAAAAAAAAAAAAAAAAAAAAAAAAAAAAAAAAAAAAAAAAACAACAGCCGACGAAGACGUCGUCCAAACAUUUUGCCAUUGAGCAAAAGAAUUUCUUUAAAACAACAACAACUGCAACAACAACAACAACAACGCGCAAAGAUUUACAACGCGGACCAAGCAAAAAGUGUAAAGCAAGCAAAGCAGCAAAAAAUUAGCGCAUACUGGAAGUGCAUCUAUAUAUGUGUAUGCAGGUGUAUGUGCAUGCCUGUGUGUGUGUGCGAGUGUGCGAGUGUCUUUGCCAAGUGCUGGCAAAAAAGUUGUUUAACUAACCAAAAGAAAAAGUUUGAAAAGUGUCAACCUAAGCGGCGCGGCCAAUAACCUAACGACAACCACAACAACCACAACAACAACAACAACAGCAACUAGAAACAACCAACAACGGCAACAACAACAGCAGAAAGAAGAAGACGAUUUUGUGCUAAGCAUGCAAUGGCGACCCCUUGUACGGGCCAGGCUGCGGUUUAAUUACCGUUAUCCUUGCAAACACUAAGCCAAGUCUUGGGAUUACGUKUACAACAAGUACGAAAGAAAGAAAGGACGAAUCAACAACGCGUCAGCAGGUGAACAUUCCAAUUGGUAAAAUAAACAAAACAAAAAAACACACGGGGCAAAACAGUCUAAUUGGCCAAGUCGGACAGGCAACAGCAACAGCAAAAGCAACAACAACAACUACGGGAGCAACAACUAGGAGCUGCAGUGAAGCCGACGCAAACCCGUUCAAAAUGUGCAAUAGACAACUGCAGUAGACAGAGGCGAUAACUGGCAACAGCGCAGUCAAAGGAUUGGCAAGAGCAAGCAUCAGGAGUCGGCUAACUCCCCUUACGACAGUCCCCCACCCACCCGCACACAGUAUGCCAUCAAUUGCCAACAUCAGUGUCAGCUCGACAUCGCCAACAAUGGUCGGCUUCCUGCCUGGCAACGAUGCCCGCCUUAGUUACAUUGUAAAUCAAGUUGCGUCCGCAUCCGCAUCCACAUCCGCCGCAUCCGUCGCAUCGCCCGCCCUGCCCACGUUCAGUCCGCCGCGCAUUGAGAGCUUGGUGGCCAGCUCGGCGGAGGAUUUGGGCGGCUUUGGGGAUGUGACGUUCGACAUCUUCGAUGACGAUGACGAUUUGUUUGGCUCGCCGAUGGCCUUCGAUGCCAGCGAGCAGGGCCUGUGGAACGGACGCUUUGUGCCGCCGCCCCCGCGGCCGCCCUUCUUCGUCGACGAGCCCGUGCUGAGCGAUGGCCUAACCACAUGUGAUUUAUGCUCCUGGGCCAUGCCCACCAAGAGCACGUUCAUGUUCGAGGGCACGAUAGAGAAGGCCACCGAACUGGGCUGGCCACUGACGCUGAUCAUAGUGUCGGUUCUAUCGGCGCUAUUGGGCGCCAUCAUCAUGAUUGCCGUGGUGCGUUGCCGGCGCAAAAAGUCGUCCAAUAAUCGCAAUGACACGCACGUGCAGUGGUGGUCGCGCAACAAGCGCGCCCACAGCAAUGGCGCUGGCACGGGCAGCAGUGCCGGUGCCCCAAUAGCCGGCAGCAGCGCCCACAACAACAACAAUCAUCUGAGACGCAGCAAUAUUUAUACAGCACACCCGGCGGACAGCAUACGCGGGCUGCAUCCGCUGCCGCUGCCGAUGUCGAUGCCCAUGCCGCUGCCGCUGCCCAUGCCGCCCACGCUGGCGGCCACAGCUGCACCGAUGCUGGCCGUGUCGCCAUCGGUGGCAGGCAGCGCGCCGCCAAGCCAACAGCAGCAGCAGCAGCCACACUAUUUCCAUCCAUAUCACCAUCAUCAUCAUCAUCAUCAUCAGCAACAGCAGCAGCAGCAGCAGCAGGCGCCCCUGCCGCCGCAUUACCCGCAUGACUGCGAGGAGGACGCGGCAUACGAGGAGCCCGAGUACCAUCAGCCACAACAGUUGCACACUAGCUCCAAUUCCAUGUCGUCGGUCGCGUCAUCGCCAGCAUCCACCGAAGCCGAAGUCGAGGCCGUCAGCCACUGGCCACAGGCCGGCACCAUGGUGGUCGCCAGCUGAGAGCUGGCCGAGAGCUGCGCCUGGGCGCGUCAGCGUCGGCGCAGCCUCAGCAGCGACUGGAUCUGGCAGUGACAUGUUGCACGGCAACAUGCUGCAGCAACACGGCCACUGGCAUCGGCAUCGGCACUGGCAACACGGGCUGCUUAAAAUGCGGCACACAAAUUCUGGUGCAGAUCAUAAAAAGGAUUACACGUAACAUUUUGUGAAGUUUAUUUUGUUUUCUUGCUUGAAGCCGGCAAACCAGUCCAUAAGCAGCUAAGGAUUCACUUCAGUGUCUGACUGACAGCCACUGUGUGUAUUGGUGCACAUGUGUGUGUGUGUGUGUGAGUGUCUAUGUCUCCAAUUGGGAAAACCGAAACGAAUUUAGUGUCACUUCCACUUCCGUUGUGCAAACUAUCGGAGCAGCCAGCAAAACCAAAAAACCGACGUCCAGACAGAGGAGGUAGAGCUGGUAUCCUACAGGAGAGAGAGACAGACAGACAGACAG